UCCAGUCUUCUCAAGCACCUCUCAGGUGAGCUGAUCUACCGAUCGUUAAAAACAUCAGACCAGGAAGCAAGCUAACUGAGGAUAAUUUUAUUUACCUACUUCCCAGUUGCGUUAAGGAAUUAACUUGAACUUAUAUGAUAACAUAUUUUAAAAUCUGUGGUAAGGUCACGGAGAAUACACUGCGUUUUGCUCUUCAACAUAAUGCUACGGUCUUGUGGGAGGGGCUAGGUUCAGCGACAGGUAACUUUGAUUCUCGGUACACCUGCUUGCGAAAGACAGGUUGUCAGUCCAGCUUCCUCCUGAGUCCUCCAUCAUGAAGUUUCCUGCACUGCUGUUGGGUUUUAUUUUGGCGUGUAGUUUGGGUUUCGCUGGCUACAUCCAUUCCAGACGUAAGCAGGAGACCCAGUUGAGUAAACAGGCUUCAUUUCUAGACAUUAAGUUCAGAGUGACUAGAGAUGUUCUGGGAGAAUACCAAGAUCAGAUGGUCCAGUCCAACACACUGAUGGAAAAGACUAAAAAAGAGUUGGAUACUCUAACCAAAGACUUAUCUGUAGCCAAGACCUUCAUAGAUAAGAAAAAAAGCGACGUUGCUUCAUGUAAAGGAGACAGGAAACGAUUAACAGAUGAAAUUGCUGCUUCAGAUUCAGAAAAGAAGCAUAUCCAGAGUGAGUUUGUCAAGGAGAAGUCCCAAUGGGCGACAGAGUUUGAAUCUCUAAAAAGACAAUUGGAGCUACAGAGCACACUUUGCAAGUACAUCGACAAGAACUCUGAGGAAGGAAGGAAACUGUGUCACAUAAGUGAAGAGCCACAAAAGCCAAAGCCUAAGGAGAUUCCAGCGGAAAAACCCAAGGCAGAGGAACCUAAAGCUGAGGAACCCAAAGCUGAGGAACCAAAUGCUGUAGAGUCAAAUGCUGAACAGCCAAAAGAACAUGUGGAGUGAAGAAAAACCAAGUGGAUGAAUAUGUGUGUGUUAGGGACAUGGGGAACAAUACCACGUCAGCGUCUGCUGGAGAAUAGCACUGGACGAUAUACUAAACCUGCACAUCUUGCUCGGGUUGAUCUUCAGCAUUCCUCAGGCAUCCCUGAAAUAAGACACACGCAUUUAUAGCCUAUGCACACACAAACUUUGGGUUCAAGGUUUGACUGACAACACCACAUGAGGUCUGUCAUAUUCCUGUUGUUUUCUGACAAAUAAAUGUGUGGUUAAUGAGGAAUAUGGGAUGAUGCAUUUGCAUAUACCAAUUGCAUUUUGAUGUCCACUUUACCCACAAUUAAAUUAUGAAAAACAUCUAUUUAUUUUUUUUUUUUAAUUCAAUUUUCUUUCAGAAAAAUCAAUGUUGGGAUUCUGUGCUUUCUGGGUGCGUUUGUCUUUUUAGCAUUUCUUUAUUUUCCCCACUGUAGUUUACCUUGCCCCUGUUACAGUGUCAUUCUGACCCUCCCUCAGGCUCAUGCGUAUGUCCCGCUUGUAUCGACCAAUGGGAAAACUCUGACCCUCUUACUGUCACUCCCAAUCAUGCUCACUCGGCUCAUUGUGCAGUUCUCACAACGACCAAUAUGAGUCUUAAGUGGAGCAGAAAUCUGGUUCUGAAGUUGUACAAGGUGCUUACACUUGCUUUUGCUGUUGUUUUGGUUUAAUUCUGAAAUAUUGUGAUGUUUGAUGUAAAAUAAAAAUAAAAUCAGAGUACGGUUG